ACUUAAUUCCAAAAACCAAGUUUUAAAAAAUAUCCAUUAAUAAUCUAAUAAAGUAAUAACUUAUUAUUUAUGUCUGUUUGCGAGCAGGAGCAAUUACGUGCGCGGAGACUUCAGUGCGGGCAAAUCAAUGUUGAAAGAAAACACCGGUGACAUCCUCUUGGUGCCGAUCGUGGUCACCACUACCGACGUACAGGAUUUCGACUUCUCGAUUCCGAUUUUUAAAACGUGGUACGAACUCUACGCAAAGUAUACCGUCAACCGGGCCACUUCGCUGUCGUACUUGGAGACUUGGAGUCCGGAAGUAUGGGCUGCGUUCUUGUUGACGAUGUUCGUGAUCGUCGUGUGCCUGUGGCUGGUCGUGAAAAUCAGACAUAUAAUGCCGCCGUCGGCAGACGACGUACACGUGCAGCAGGUACAGUUGCAGCAGCCACCGGCCAUCGAAUCUCCCAGCCUGAUAUCCUAUUUCUUCGUCGUAUGGGGAUCGAUUUGCAGUCAAGGACUUCAAACCGUCAACAUCAACGCCUGUUCCGUGCGCGUCGUAUCCUGGGUCACGUUACUGUUCGGGCUGUGCAUCAGCACGUCGUACUCGGCCGUGCUGUUCUCCCGGUUGACCGUCGACAAGUCCGACCUGGUCAUACCGUCGUUGGACUCGGUGUCCAGGAUGCGGACGCACGUGCUGUGCGUGCGGCGCAACAGCUUUGGAUACCUGCUGUUCAAAGCGAACGAGACGGAUGCGUUCAUCAUGGAACGGUGGCUGGGAGUGGUGAAUGAGCCACCUUGCCCCCAGUACGAGUUCGGCGACAUCGAGGUGAUGGCCAAGUCGGUGUGCACCCAUCAGACCAUAUUGGUGUUGGAGACGCCCAUGGUGAUGGCCAGGGCUAUGAGCCACCAGAACGGGUGCCGAGUCAUGUCGGUGGCCGGUCGUCACGCGGUCGCUUACGCAUCGGUGUUGACGGCCAAGGGGUCGCCGUACACCCCACCGAUAAACGAGAUAAUGGUGUCACUGCUCACCAACGGAGUGGUGGACUACUUGCAAAAGAAAUGGCUGUCUCGGGAGUUUCGCGACUGGACGUUCACUGAAGCCGACAGCAUCGGAGUGACCAUCGGUCACGUUCGCGGGCUGCUCGUCGUCCUCGGCCUGUCCGUCGUCGUCGCCGCCGCCGUCAUGUUCGCCGAACUGGUCACCGCCGGAGCGAACCGUUCCGUCGACCCGGUUCCGUUUCGUAACGUUGACCACCGCAACUACGGCCAGAGCAGCGGUCGCGUAACCCCUUACCGCGGUGCCCGUUGGCGAAAAUCGUGGGGCCGCUAAGGGCGCAAUUUUCUGCGAUAUGACAACUGUCGAGUAUUGAAGUAUCCACCAGUGACAAAUGAUAUUGCGUACGAAUGCGACGAAUACAGUUUACUAGGUAGUAAUGGAAUACCGCCUGUAAGACGUAGUCAUGAUAAUAUUAUACUGGCAUCUAUUGUCUUCACUGGCCCACUAGGUUAAUUAAUGUUUUGAAAAUAAUAUAUUAAUCAUAAUAUUGUUUUCAUUUAGUUUUAAUUGUUUUUAAUUUAUUGAAUUAAUAAAAUU